GGAGCUGAAUCAUAACACAGUGGAAAGGGAGGAGCAAAAAGUGAAGGCUUAUAUUUCCUUUGGAAGGACGCACUCCAGUCCAACCUGCCAAACUGUUCCCAUCACCACCGGGAAGCAACAAAGGCAUCGCUUGGCAUAAAAAUGAAAGCCAUCACCACAGCAAAUGCUGAAUUUUGCCUUGAUGUGUUCAAAGAGCUGAGCAGUAGCAAUGUGGGAGAAAAUAUCUUCUUCUCUCCACUCACUAUGUUCUACGCCCUAAGCAUGGUCCUUCUGGGUGCCAGAGGCAAGAGUGCUGAACAAAUGGAAAAGGUGCUCCAUUAUGACAACUUUUCAGAAUUCUUAAAACCAAAGAUGAAAAACUCUUAUGAGUGCAGUGAAGGUGGAAGGAUGCAUUCUGAAUUUGGAGCCCUGCUAUCCCAAAUCAACCAACUGAAUUCACUCAGCAUUGCUAACAGAGUCUAUGGGACGAAGGCAAUAACAUUCCACAAGCAUUAUUUAAGAUGUUCUGAGAAACUGUUCCAAGCCAAGUUGCAAACUGUUGAUUUUGAACUGUCAACAGAACAGACAAGGAAAAGUAUUAAUACUUGGGUUGAGAAUAAAACUAAUGGAAAAGUCACAAACUUAUUUGGCAAGGGUACAAUUGAUCCCUCUUCUAUCAUGGUCCUAGUAAGUGCCAUAUAUUUCAAGGGACAAUGGAAAAAUAAAUUUGAGAAAAGAGAGACAGUGAAAGCUCCCUUUUACAUAAGUGUGGGUAAAAGUGCAGUUGUGGACAUGAUGUAUCAGACUGGAACAUUUAAGCUGGCCUUUAUAAAGGAGCCACAGAUGCAAGUCCUUGAGCUUCCCUAUUCCAAUAACAAACUAAGAAUGAUCAUCCUCCUUCCAGUAGGCGCAGCCAAUAUAAACCAGAUAGAAAAACACCUGGAUGUGAAGAUGCUUCAAGAGUGGACCAACUCUUCUAACAUGGUGGAAAGAGAAGUGGAUGUCCACAUCCCCAAAUUCAGUCUUGCAGUAAAAUAUGACCUAAACUCCCUAUUGAAAUCCCUAGGGAUGAGGGACAUCUUCAGCGUGGCCACAGCUGAUCUCUCUGGAAUGUCACCAGACAAAGGCCUGUAUCUAUCCCAGGUUGUUCACAAGUCAUAUGUGGAUGUCAAUGAAGAAGGCACUGAGGCAGCAGCGGCCACUGGGGAGAGUAUUGCUGUGAAACGACUCCCUGUCACAGUUCAGUUCACAGCAAAUGCCCCCUUCCUGUUCAUUAUCCAGGAUGAUUGUGGCAAUAUUUUAUUCGCUGGAAAGUUUGCCUCUCCAUAGACAGAGGGCAUUGUGGAGGCCUCAGGAUAGAUAAAGUACAGCGGUGAAGGGGCUGACUGUAUCUCAGCUGUGCACAUCUGCAAAGCAGGUCUACCAAAUGGCAGAUCUUUAGCCCGAUCCUGUGAGCUUGUGAAACUCACACUAGCGUAUUCAUGUGAAAAGACACAUUUAUUCCAGUGCUUUUCUAGAUUUCUUACUUUUGAGACCUCAUUGAUGACUGGGUGACAUGAUUGAGUUAGCAGAGAAGUUUAUAAAGGCCUAGAUGUUUUUGGGUUUUUCUAUGUUAGUGAGAUUGUGAAUGAGCGACCGCUGUGAAUCAGGUCAAAGUUUCCUACUUUAUUUUGACUUUUAAAUAUAAAUUUCCUGCAUGCCUAAAUACGGUAGUAUCAAUUUUAGUUCAAAAUUCUACAUUGAUCAUAAUAAAUGAACUCUUUGAAGAUGGAA